AUGGACUUCAAGGCCUAUGGCUUCUUUCCACCGGCGCCGCAGUGGCUGCCUGAGCGCGACAUGCCCGACCAGACAGGGCGUGUCUUUGUCGUGACGGGCGCCAACACGGGCAUUGGCCGCGAGAUCGCAAGGGGGCUGCUGCUUCGUGGCGCCAAAGUUUUUGCCGCAUGCCGGUCCAAGGAGCGCGCGGCCGAGGCCAUCGACACGCUCAAGCGCGAGACGGGCCGCGACGCCAUCCACUUUCUCCAAGUCGACCUGGCGAGCAUCAAGGCGACUGUUGCCACCGCCGAGGCCUUUGUCGCCUCGGAGGACCGCCUCGAUGGGCUCAUCAAUUCCGCCGGUGUGAGCGCCACGCCCGCGCAUUGGAAGACGGAGGACGGCAUCGAGCUGCAGUUUGGCACAAAUGUCGUCGGCCAUUUUGCCCUGACUAUGGCCCUGCUCCCGCUGCUCAAGCAGACGGCAAAGGCGCAAGGACCGGGCGAGGUCCGUAUCGUCCACGUCGCGAGCUCUAUGCACUUUAUCCAGCAGGACAAGCGGGGCAUCUUCUACGAAGGCCUCCGUAGCGAUGGCGUAGGGAAGAACAAGCGCAGCGGUACGAUCCUCUACGGCCAGAGCAAGCUCGGCAAUAUUCACGUCUCCAACAGGCUGGCCGAGGUGCUGCGCGACGACGGCAUCCUCAAUCUCUCGCUCCAUCCGGGAAACAUCACCACGGAACUCUUGCGCCACCGCUCGAAGCUCGAGCGUUGGAUCAUCGGCCCCAUUCUUUACCCUACACCGAUGGGCGCCGUUACGCCGCUGUACGCGGCCACAGCACAGGAGCUGACGAUGGAGCACACGGGCGGCUAUCUUGUCCCGUGGGCCAGACUCUACCAUACCACGCACCCCAAGGCGCAGGACAAGCAGGCCAUCGACGCCACCUGGGCCUUUUGCGACGAGGCCGUGCGAAGCGUCACCAAGGCGGAGGUGACGACAGCAGCCACGACAGCCACGACGACGACGACGACGACGACGACGACGCAGGCUACACCAGCUGGCACGGAGACAGGGACGGGCGCAGGGGCAGAGGCGAGCAAGUAG